AUGACGCUCCCCAUACUUCUCCUGAGCUCCAUGAUCCACGCGUGUCUGUCGGAAUCCUACACCCUCACCUAUCAUCACACGUACCUGGAGGCCUCAAAGCCGGAAUUCUUCGCUGACUCCUACCUCAACGACAUCCCCUUCUAUUGGUACGACAGCAGCAGCCGGUGGCUGGAGCCCCUCGCCCCGUGGAGGCGGAAAAUGGCAACUCCCAAGAUCUGGUACAACCUCAACACCGAACUCCAGAAGCACCAGGAACAAAUGAAGGCCAUCUCACCGGCAGGGAAUGCCACGGUUCAGUACAUACACGGCUGCACGGCGUCCGCCAAUGGAUCCGUGGAAGGGUUUUUCCAGAUUGCUUUGUCGGGGAUCGAGAUUCUGAGGUUUGACACGGGAUCCGGAACGUUUUCGUCAGAAAUAGAGGUGGGGGCCGUCCGCAAAAUGCUGGAGGCUCUGAACUCAAACAGAACGUUAAACCAGAGGAGGAAGGAGGCGCUCGAUGUGACCUGCGGGAAGGACAUUCACUUCUUACUGACCUACGCCAACGCCUCCGUCCAUCGCAAAGCCGAGCCGAUGGUAAUCGUGUCUGAGAUUAUCUCCAACAGCACCGUGGCCCUGGACUGCAGGGCGUACGGCCACUAUCCUCGGGACAUCGCCAUGACGUGGAUCAGGAACGGACGGGCUGUCCCCGAGCGGCAGCUGCCGAGGCUGACGCUGCCUCUCACCGAUGGGACGUACUUAUCUCGGGUUUUGGUCGAUGUGACCUCAGGGCCAGAAGACAUUUACACCUGCGAGGUGACCCACAGCAGCCUGAAAACCCCACUGACAGCACAAUGGAUGAAAUCUCGCCUGACGGGGAGUUCUUACGGCGCAGUCACUGGCGGUCUCUCGAGUGGCACCGUGAUAGCUCUAACGCUUACUGGGGUCCUGUUUGUGACAGUCGCCGUGUUUGGUAUUUUAGUCUGGGAAAGAGAAAGAAGAGCGAGGAUGCGCGGCUCCGUAUUUAAUAAUGAUUCCAGCUCCUGAAUAGAACAUCUUCCGUCUCAUCACCCGCUGACCACUAAUAGAUUGUAAGCUCCCGUGGGCAGGGCCCUCUGCGCCUUCUGUGCCUCUUUAUUUUAGGUUGAUUUUGUAUAUAGUUAAUUAUAAUGUCAUUAUUAAACUCCCCAUUUACUG